UCUUUAAGAGGCGCGUCGCCGCCGCCGCUGUGCUGCAGUCCUCCGCUCGCUCUCGCCGCGGAGUGAACCCUCCUGCUGCCAUCGACGAUCUCCAACGUCCGUGUCAACAUCAGGAGAUGAUCAACAACCAGCGGCGUUUAGCUGCUAAACUCCCUCACGGAUGUAUGAUGUGCUUACCUGUCUGAGUGAACGCCUAGAGGAGUUUAGCGUGGAGCCAGCUGGUCUGCGUUCAGGAGGUGUUGGUGGAGGAGUCCUUGACAUGCUGAUGGAGGAACAAACCCACUGAUGGAAACCCAGAGGAAGAGCUCUGGGGAUGACGACGGUGGAGAGCGAGGCCUGCUCCACACCUGGAAGGGCUACUCUUGCAGCGUCACCCCAGAAAGGCUGCUCCUCCCCCGGCCUGUCCUUCAGGUUGCCCUGGGCACACGACACGGCGUUCUACUGGUGGAAGGAGGGCAGGUCUACAGUUUUGGGGAACUGCCAUGGAAGCAGAGUCAACUGCCCGAGCCAGAGAAACCCACCCUGGAGAGUGCGCUCAGCGGCCAGCGGGUGGUCGCCAUUGCAGCCGGGAGCUUCCACAGCGGGGCAGUGACGGAGGACGGUGGCGUCCACAUGUGGGGGGACAACGGCUCAGGUCAGUGCGGCUUGUCGGGCCUCAGCACUGUCCCCAAUCCGACUCCGGUCGCCCUGGUGGACUCCGACACGAACCCCUCGCAGACGGUCCCCGUGCUGGAGCUGGCCUGCGGGGCGCAGCACACUUUGGCGCUGUCGGCCCAGCGGGAGGUGUGGGCGUGGGGCAGCGGGUGCCAGCUGGGGCUCAACGCCACUGUCUUCCCUGUGUGGAAACCACAAAAAGUUGAACAUUUGGUGGGCAGGUAUGUAUUACAGGUGGCCUGCGGGGCUUCACACAGCCUGGCUCUAGUGCGCUGCCUGGGCCCUCAGGACUUGCACCGUCCCCCUGUGGACAAAUGCAGACAGUGUAACCAGCUGCUGUACACCAUGACAGACAAAGAGGACCACGUCAUCAUCUCCGAUGGUCACUACUGCCCGCUUGGUGUGGAGCUCACUGAGGAUGAGGGCAUGCUUGAGAAGCCUACUCCCACACAAGGACUCAAAACAUCCCCGUCUGAGCCGGUCCUCCCCUCCCAUACCUCCACCUCAGCGUCACCGGAGCCCGCUAAAGGUGCAGAGCCCUCCUCUGAACCCCAUCAGGGCUCGGACAAGGAGGAAUCAGGCUUAGCAAAUGGGGUGCUGCCAUCCUCGGACUCGGACCCCUCGGCUCAGUCCAAAGGGGUUAAGAGCUCACCCUAUCCAGAUGAGCAGGCCGUCAAAGACUACCUGAAGAAGCUGUCGGACACCACGCAGGCUGAGCAGACGGUGAAGGCGACGGCCGGAGGACUGCACGCACUGCUUCCCUCAGCAGGAGGACUCGCCUCCACCAACGCGGGCUCCGCGCUCAACAGCCUGGUGUCCUCAUGCGCCUCCGCUGUGGGCGAACGGGUCGCCUCCACCUACGAGGCCUUGUCCCUCAAGAAGAUGAUGAACCUCUACAUGCCGUCAGGAGCGGUGAAGUCAGGAGUUCCGGCAGGGCUCACGGGUGUCGUGGGCGACAACACGGCAGAGCGCGUCCGCCAAGAGGACUCCACACAGGCCAAGAAGAGCUCCAGCACGGGAGACAUCCGCGAGGAGGAGGCAGAAAGUCUGCGACGACGUCUCUCGCUACCGGGACUCCUCUCACAGGGUAGAUACGCUGUUCACCUCUUAUCCUCCUCCUAUACUCUGCUGCUGUCCCCGCGGCUGCUGAGGAAAGCUGGACGUCCGAGGAUGCGCGCAGUCGCCCUGACCCCGCUAGGAGGGGCGGUCCCUGAGUCCCAUGAGGUGUUCCCCACCCUGCAGACGGAGGUGUGGAGCUGGGGCAACUGCGAGCACGGACAGCUGGGACAUGGAGACUGUCUGGCCAGAUUACAGCCGCUGUGCAUCAAGAGUCUGAACAACAAGGAGGUGGUUCGGGUGGCGGCCGGCGCUCAUCAUUCCCUUGCUCUGACUGCUCAGUCUCAGGUGUUUUCAUGGGGAAGUAACAGCUGUGGGCAGCUCGGACACAUGGAGUCACCCAGCACCGUCCCACGCCUUGCCAAGAUGUCAGAGGGGAUCCGUGUCUGGGACAUAAGUGCCGGAGAGCGUCACACCCUCCUGCUCGCCGACGGCGACUGCAUCCAGCCGAUCAUUUACUACAGCGGACAGCAGGUGAAGGAAGGGGCGGAGGAGAGCAACGGCAACCGGCUCGGUCAGCAGGAAGAAAGCGAGGAAGAGGAGCAGCAGGCGGGGACCCAGCAGCCUGUACUACUUCCCUUCUGCAUGAAUCUGCGUUACGUGAGCAACGUGUUCGCCGGCGGCCAGCGUUGCGUGGCCCUCUCAGACAGGAACGUGAUGGGCUUCAUCGCCAGCCUCCACGAGUUGGCGUCGGCCGAGAGGAAGUUCUACUGCAAGCUGUGCCACAUCAAGACGCAGAUAAUACGCCCCCUGCUCGAGCUGGAAUCUCUGAGUUCAACCCUCGGCCCGGUGGCCCUCGGUCUCCUGCAGACUCUAGCGGGACGAUUCAGCCUCUUGUGUCACCUUACCGGGCAGCACGCCGCCAGCCUCACCGCCAACCUGCGUCGAGGCCGAGACGUCAAGAGCCUGCUCGUGCUCGACAACGCCGGCAUCUUCCUCGACUCUUACCGCGAGUACUGCAUCGCUAUGGGCCACUUCCAGGUGAUGGGAGGCUUCCAGGCGCUGACCAAACCUUCACUAGAUUUCUUUGGGAAGAGUCCCGAGCUCCUUCAGAGGCUGUCGGAGUGCAGCGAGGAGAACCCCACCAUGGCUGACCUCCUGGUGGCGCUCUUCUACCUCCCGACUCGCCACCUUCACGAAUACGGCAGGCUGCUGCUCAAACUGGCCACCUGCUUUGAAGUGUGCUCUAAUGACUACCAGAGGCUGCAGGACAGCUGCUCCAAGUUCGAAGCGUUGGCCCUCCAGCUGAAGAGGAAGAGGAAGGACGCCGACUACACCUUCCACUUCUGGAAGAGCUUCCCCGGCAAAAUGACGGACUCGCUGAGGAAGCCUCACCGCCGGCUGAUCUGCGAGAGCAGCAACAAAGCUCUGACCCUGCAGAACGCCGGGAGGUUCUCCGUCAACUGGUUCAUCCUUUUCAACGACGCCUUGGUCCACGCACAGUUCUCCACCCAUCAUGUGUUCCCGUUGGCCACGCUUUGGGUGGAACCGAUCCCAGAGGAGAACACUGGCUUGUAUGGGUUAAAGGUGAUCACACCAGAGGAGACGUUCACCCUGCUGGCCUCCUCUCCCAUGGAGAAGGCCAAGUGGCUUCGCUCCAUCAACCAGGCGGUGGACCAGGCCCUGAGUGGGGCGGGGCAGGACACGGCAUCAGUCGGCUCGGGGUCGGGGCAAAAGUUGGAGCCUCCCAUCUCCAGGACGGCUUCAUACACUUUCUAUAAAGACGGGCGGUUGAAAGAAGCAACGUACGAAGGACGCUGGCUCACCGGGAAGCCCAACGGCAGGGGAGUGUUAAAAUGGCCUGAUGGGAGAAUAUACACAGGAGCAUUCAAGAACGGACUAGAAGACGGCUUUGGUGAAUUCGUCGCUCCCAAUAAGACGCUCAACAAGAACGAUCACUAUCAAGGUCACUGGAAAGACGGCAAGAUGCACGGCCUGGGGACGUACAGAUACGCCAGUGGUGAAGUUUACGACGGAUCCUUCCAGGACAGCAUGCGACACGGCCACGGCAUGCUGCGCAGCGGCAAGCUCAACACCUCCUCCCCCAGCGUCUUCAUUGGCCACUGGCUGCAGGACAAGAAGACCGGCUACGGCGUCUUCGAUGAUAUCACAAAAGGGGAGAAGUAUAUGGGCAUGUGGCAGGAGAACCUGCGGCAGGGCACCGGGGUCGUCGUCACACAGUUUGGCCUGUACUACGAAGGAGCCUUCAAAGAUAAUAAGAUGAUGGGCACUGGGAUCCUGCUGUCAGAGGACGACACCACGUACGAGGGGGAGUUCUCCGACGACUGGACUCUCAACGGAAAGGGCGUGCUUACCAUGGCUAACGGUGACUACCUGGAGGGCUCCUUCAGUGGCGAAUGGGGCUCUGGUCUCAAAGUGGCAGGGUCCUACUUCAAACCACACCUGUUCGAAACCGACAAGGACAAGACCCGUGCUGUAAAGCUGGGCCGUCUGUGCGUGAGCGCAGAGGAUAAGUGGCAGGCGGUGUUUGAGGAGUGUUGGAGUCAGCUGGGCUGCGAGGAGCCAGGCCAAGGGGAGAACUGGAAGGCGUGGGAGAACAUCGCUGUGGCCCUGACCACCAGCCGAAGACACAUCGAGGACAGUCCGGAGAUUUUGUCUCGAAGUCACAGCAGAACUCUGGAGAGUCUGGAGGUCAUCCCGCAGCAUGUAGGGCCGAUCACCAUGGAGAGAUAUCACACCAUCCGCCUCUACCUCAUCAAGGCGUGUGACACCCCCCUCCAUCCUCUUGGCCGGCUGGUUGAAACCCUGGUGGCCGUCUACCGGAUGACCUAUGUGGGCGUCGGAGCUAAUCGCCGGCUGCUGCCUCAGGCUGUCAACGAGAUCAAGUCUUACCUCAACCACAUCUUCCAGAUCGUCAGGUUUCUUUUCCCAGACCUGCCAGAAGAGGGCGGUCUAAUUCCAGAGCCGACCACCAACGUCCAGGACAAGAAGGAGCCAGGCUCGACUGAUUCCCCCCUAGAGUCGCCAAAGCCUAACCGUGUGGUGAGCAGUUCGGCUCUGCUGCUUCCCGUCCUGCUGCCUCGUCUCUACCCGCCGCUCUUCACCCUCUACGCUCUGGACAAGGAGAGGGAGGACGACGUCUACUGGGAGUGUGUCCUCCGCCUCAACAAGCAGCCCGACUUGGCUCUGCUAGCCUUCCUGGGCGUUCAGCAAAAGUUUUGGCCUGUUUCCCUUCCUGACUCCGUGCCUGCGCUCGGAGAUAAGCAGCAGGUCCUCUCCAGCAGCAGCAAGGACGCCUGCUUCGCCUCCGCAGUGGAAACGCUACAACAGAUCAGCACAACGUUCACCCCGUCAGACAAGCUGCAGGUGAUCCAGCUCACCUUCGAGGAGAUCACGCAGGAGGUGCAGUCGCUGCUCAAGCAGGACUUCCUGUGGUCCAUGGACGACCUUUUCCCCGUCUUCCUCUACGUGGUGCUGCGUGCACGAAUCAGGAACUUGGGAUCCGAGGUCAGCCUGAUCGAAGACCUGAUGGACCCCUGCGUUCAGCACGGAGAGCAUGGCAUCAUGUUCACCACACUCAAGGCCUGUUACUACCAGAUCCAACACGAGAAGAUCACUUAAAUCCAGCGUGGCGUUACUUCCUCGGUGAUCUGCGUGGUCAAGCCAGUCACAGAGGGCCCGUGAUCAGUGAGGCUUUCCGGGUGAUGGUGUGCAGUGGCAGAGGAUCAUACGAACAGGUUGCCGACAGCUCCAGCACCAGCUGUUGCUGUUAUGGAGACGGGAGCUCCUUACCUUCUCUGACACACACACACACACUUUGACCUUUUAUUGACCUCUAUUGUUGGUGUCAUACUGCCAGAGAUGAGCCACUUUAUACCGUCCAGUGUAUUUUUUUUUUCAGUGCCAAUGGACAUUAAUUGUUCGCUCACAGUUGGCAAACUGUGACACCGGACCUUCAGAAAAAAAUCACUUUUCCAGCAUGAAAAAACUAAGAGAUAAUCCAUCAUACAUUUCUUUAUUUUAGCCUUCAGCGAUUCGGAGUGUUUCUUUUUAUUCAGCUGACACCGACAUGAAGGAACGGACAUAACAAGGAAAUAAUCUCCAGCAUAGCAUCAACGGCACGUCGUCGCUUUUGUGAAUCUGAUUUGAGACAGCACUGAUUUGUCAAGCGACACGUAGUGAGUUUUAUGCUUCAAGCUAGGUUUGAUAUUGUAUUUAUACGAAACAAAUCAUGCACAUCAUGCUUUGGGGAAGUGUAAACUGACUCUGCAAUAACUGACAUUCUCCUCUUAGACCUGCUGGUAGCUGAAUACAGUUAGACGACUCAUACUAACAUCAGCUGCUCCAAUGACAAGCCCUGACAGUUCAUCACUUUAACUGUAUAAAACUGUGUCUUAUGAACACAAGUUACAACAACGAAGGUCAACUAUCGUACGCUUAUACAAAACCAGGCUGAAAACUUGCAGGAACAGGGUAAAUCUGAGAGCCUCCCGUGUGUGCGUGUGCGCUGCUGAGCCCAGUUUACAGUGAAAAUUUUGAUCUGCGCUCCAAUCACAGUUGAGCAAGACUCAGUCAACUCCUUUCCUGCACUUAGAUAUGCUACGUGCUAGCUCGUCUAUGUUAAGAAUACAACCAAAUGUUGACUUAGGAGGCAUCAGUCUGGGACAGUUUUGGUGUCUUAUUACACAUUGUUAUGGUUGAGUAAAAGAAAUUAUGCAUCUUUUUUUAAUAUAUUUGAGAUAAACUGAAGGUUUAAGUUCUCCUUUUUAUAUGUUGCAAGCAUUUUUUUCAAGCUAAAGAAACUUUAAAAACAGACAAAUUCAUCCUCAGAAAGCUGAAAGUUGCAGGUUUCCCAACAGAGAUCAGCUUCAAAACCCAUUGACAUCCAGUGAAAACAAAGAAAGAGUUUGUUUUACUUGUAAUAUUAUUGAAAGCACAGUGUUAAUUACAGACAUGGCGGGAAACUAACCACUAUUUAAUGGUCUUGAAAUAAUGUGUCGAUCUGUAAAAUAAAGACUGCAAAAUUUACUGAGGUUUCAACAGAGAGUAGGACGGUCAACUUGAUACAAACUCUGUUUUAAUAGAUGUGAUGUUCAAAGCUGAUUCUCUGCGCCAUCUGUUAAUGCUAACUGUUCUUUUUUUAAACCAUUCACAGCACAAACUGUCAGACAUUGUCGCUUUUUACAGAUCUGCGUCGGCUUAAGAGGGGAUUCAGAGGAUGAUGAGCCUUUUUUUUUUUAAAUAUAUAAUUUCGGCUUUUGUUUUCUCAGAUGAUUUAACCAUAAAAAAAGCACAGUCAGAGGUUUAAACGGUUUAGCAUUUAAAUUCAAAACGAUUGUGAUAAAUUUAAUGGCUCAUGAGCAUUAACACUGCUGAGACUGUAUAUGGAAAGCCAGCCAGUUCUAUGACUAUCAACAAUGCGUCAGUGCAUUGAUCUAUUAAUGCGUUGAUUUUUCACACAUUAGCAUCGCAUUGAAAACUUGGGGUUAACGCGGCAUUAAUGUGUGUCGUUACCGCUUAAGCAAACACAUGGACAUGUUACGAUGUGUUGUUAAUGUGCUUGUUUACGUGUUACAAAGUGUUGUUGAUAACGUGUUUGUUUACCCAAUUAAUGCGUUGUUAACGCAUUGAUUUCUCACGCAUUGUUAACGCGUUGCCAACGUGUCUCAAAGAUAAUUCUCAGCCAAUUGGUCGCUUGUCCAGUUCAAAUGGGGGAUCGUCACAAGUUCCCAUUGGCUGAACCAAGUGGCCAAGUGGCGUCAACAUGUUGAAGCUCAUGUAUAUAAUAUACAUAUGGCUGGCUUUCCAUAACCGUAUGUGCCUGACACUUUAAGAAGUGAAGCAAUAUUGUCUUCGUAACUGACGAGUUCAUUCCCAAAACGCUCUGAACACACUUCAGGCAAAGAAAGCUACAACAUUACCUGGUUAUUAUGACAUUAUUUUGUCAAAAUUCAGAUUGUUAGCCCAAUCUGAAGGCUGCUGCCGCUUAAAACAGGCUUGUAUUUCCACUAGACGACAAAAGGACAUUUUGUUGUAACGGUUGUACAUGAAGUUUUAAAUUCAAACUCAAUGGUUAUAAAUAUAAACUGAAAACAACAUUCAUAAGCUCUCGUUGGGGGUCAUGAUUUAAAUCCUGUGACAUAUGUUUUGUUAAUUUAUCGUCCCUCGACAGCUGUUGACUAUGAAGACGGCCCACACAGGUCAUACUGUUGAACUGUGUGUAAAGUUAACUGUUUUGUCAAUGGAGUCUGGCUGACAUGACUCCGACCUGUGUGUGUCUUUCACAUGAUGUCAAAUGUAUUGUACCUUUCAUAUAAUAACAAAGGGCAAUAAACUCAUAUGAUGGA